AUGACCACCAAAGCAAAUGCCAAAAAUGAAAAAAUCGACUACCUCAAGGGGGCCGAAGCAGAGUCCAAAAUCAGUGCCAACUUGAAAGUGAUCAAGAAGGCAGACGUGUUGAAAUGUUUGACUUACCUUCAUGAAUCCCAAAAGAUAGAUAUGAAGCUAUUUGGAAAACAAGCAGUUUACUGUUGUAAACAGUCUUCUCAAUCUGCUGUAGCACCCGAAGAACUUAAAGAAAUGCAGGCUGAGCAAGAGGAUCUCAAAAACACGACAAAAAACUUGAAAGAAAACAAUGCGAAAAUGAGAAACGAGCUAGGAGAGCUGGGGAAGUUACCGCCAACUUCCGAGAUCCCAGUCGUAAAGAAUGAACUCAAGCAAACUUGGAUCGAACUUCAAAGUCGCUUAGCAGCACUUCGACCCGAUGAACCUGAUAAAGAGAAGGAAGAAGUUACUUUAAAAACACCGGAAGAGAUCGCGAAACUAGAUCAACAGAUUGAAAAGUAUAAGGCUUUAUGGCUUAGUCACCGCAAGACAUGUAAACAGGCCAUUCGUGUGGUUCAGGACAUUUUGGCGGAUGACGAAGCUAGAAGUAGCCUUAUGGAACAAAUUGGUCUCGAAGAUGAUUCCGCUGAAUUAACGUCACUCGAGCAAGAACAUAUUCAGAGUCAUGCUGCACCUGCCCCAAAAGCAGAAUCCCGACAUCACAGUCAUCCUCCCGUCGGGAUCAAAAGAACCUUCAGCGGCAGUAUCAAGGUCUGA